AUGACCUGCCGCAUCGCGCUGCUUUUCGGGGCCCUAUUCUUCGCUCUCCCAAGCACAGCCAGGAACACUGAGCUCAGGAAAACCACUUCAAGAGUCCCGCCCGUUCUCGCGCCCAAUUGCCGUUAUGUUCAGAUACCACUCGGAAACAUCUCGGCUGACAACGUCGACUUCCGACGAACAAGGAGAAAUGUCGACUUCAAUUCUCCAAAAGACGUGACCAAAUUCUUCUCCUCUUGCCUUGACCCUCAGAUGUACGAGGAUCCUGAUGACAACACCACGAAACUCAUUGUGGAGAGGAACGUUACCAUCCACGGCAUCCUUUGCCGACCAGAAAGGCCAGUCGCUGCGCAAGAUCGCCGGAUUCAUCUAAUGGUCCACGACGCGACAUAUGACAAAUCUAUGUGGCAUGGGCUCGGUAUACUAGAGUACAGUUUGGCAGAUGCCCUGGCGUCUGGUCUCGGUGGUUCCUACACCCUAGCCAUUGACCUCUGGGGUCAUGGAGACAGCCAUGGCCCAACAUACCCCGACCCUUGGCAGGUACUCCAACCCCCGUUCCACGUCGAGGUCUUGCAUGAGCUCGCCGUCCGACUGCGCACAAACCAGCAUGGCCUCUGGAUGGCCUUCAAGAACGUAACAUAUGUUGGACAUGGCUUUGGUGCCCAGCUCGGCAGUUAUCUCAUCGAGGAUUUUCCCAAUGACGUCGAUGCAUUUGUUGGAACCGGACUCCCCACGGGCUCAAAGAUGACGCCCCGCCCGAGUGAAUGGAUGUUUGCGCCAGCACACUCUACAGAUCCGAAAUACCAGGACCAGCCGCUAGGCUACUUUACUGGGGCAGUGACUUCUUUCCUUGACCGAAGGAACAUUCUGUACGGGGGCAUCUACGAUGACGACUUGGCUGUACUGGACUUUCUCAGUCAAGAUACCAUUACUGGCGGCGAAGCCUGCUGGAGCGGAUCUUACCUUUCGAGCGAAUGGCUCGGUUCAGCCUUCAGCUUCAAGGGCCAGGCAUGCAUCGUCGCUGGAGAAUACGACAGAAUUGCGUGCGCCGAUGGGCCUGAGUGCAAGGAGAGAUUACGGGGCGUCUGCAGUAAGGUAUUUCCCGAUGCUAGCUCAUGCAAGAGCAAUGUUCUGGGAAGCACAGGCCAUGCCUGGAUGCUGCACAGGAUUGGUGUCAAGCUGGCAAACUCGGUUCGCAGCGCCUCGGCACUUGGAGGCUCUUGGGGAAAUUUGUGCUCGGUGAUUAGCUGA